UUGAUGAUAACGUGUGUUUCAACUCGGGAAACGUGUUAUGUUAGGUACACAGGUUAUUAGUGUUAAAGUUAGUGACUCGGAUUGGCAAUAAGUAUAUAUAAUACAAAUGCGGAGGAAUCGCUUUGAUCUUCCGAUAUUCCCGCUUAUUGAAGUGUACCGCAUAAUAGCACUAUGUAUGAUAAGACCAUGCUGCCAUCCGACUAAGUUUUACUGUAUGUAUAUUCACCCCAAGUGCACGACACAUGAGGAGUGACAGUUUUGGACAGAACUGUGAAUGUCUGGAGGAAGAGGAAUAUGCUUGAAUGCCGAUUUAUCUUCGUCCUUGUCGUCCAUUUGGGUGGGUAAACAGCAUUAUGCUGGAUCAACUCAACUGCGUGAAUAACAAAGACGGGGACUCAGAGCAGUCGGACCAUUCCCGACUGUCACCAACUUUUCGGUAAGUGUUUAUAAUGGAACAUGUCAGUCCUGUUGAAAGCCAGGAAAGAUAUAUGUUGAACAAAAAGCUUAGAUCACCAAAUCAACUUGGUGAAAACAACACAAUGGACUCGUUUCAAGAUGGAGGCCAGCAAAACAUGAACACUGAACAGAAUGAUUUCAUGAAUCCAAUGGACGGGCCCCACAUGAAUGCAGACAUGAACAGUUACCCCCCAUCGUCUAGAGAACAGAUGAUGGGGGUUGACAGUUACAGCAGAAUGAAUCAAAACAUGCAUCCUAGUCAAAUGUCUGGUUAUAAUGCCUACAACCGAGAAAAUUUCAACUCUGGCGACCAACAACAUGGCGGUAUGCAGAUGACAGGAAGUGGCGAUUUUGCAAAUCAAAAUUCGCCUUUCCCGGGUCAGUAUUCACAAUCCAAUGCCAGGUCAGGUUUUCAAAGCAAUGUCAAGCCUGUCAUGGGCUCUAUACGACCAGGAAUGGCCCCACCAGGAGGGGGCAUGAUGCCAGGGUAUCCCCAGUCACAGAGGAAUAUGUUGUCAGGGCAAAGUAUUUCACAACAAGGUGGUCCAACCCCUACGCUGAAUCAACUAUUACAGAACCCUAAUGCACCCCCAUCAAGGAUGCCAUCAAACAGUUAUGACUUUCCUCAAAAAGGGGGUAUGGACAUGGGGAACCCGAACAUGCCAUACGGAAUGCAGCAUGGUUGGGGAGGGAACCAGCGACCCAUGGGAAACUAUCCUCAAGGUCCAAUGUCGAUGCCGGGAACGCCUUAUAGAAAUCAGAGCAUGGGAGAAAUGAACCAACCGAGACCCGGAUAUACUUCACCAGGCAACUACCCGCCACAGAGUCAGUAUGGCCAACAGUUUUCACCCAAUUCACGCUAUGGCAUGAUGAGUAGUAGUUCCAGUCGCCCAAACCAGAUGGGAAGCCAGGGAUUUUCAAACCAGGGUGUUCCUUAUGGUCACCAGCAACAAUAUGGUCAACAACAGUCUAACCCUGUGUCUUCUGGAUACUGUGGGUCACCCUCUCAACCUUCUUCUUCUUGCUCCUCCUUGCCUCAACCUCACCCUCCAUCUCAGCAGCUACCCCCACAGAUGUCAGGCCAGCCCCCAGGGCCCACUCCUCCUCCACCCGGAGCGCGACCGUCACCAUCGCCAUCUGAAUCAUCUGUACAUUCUUUGCCACAACAAUCAUCGCCAUCACCAUCACAGUCUUCAUCUACACGUCAACAGCAACAACCUCCAAACACAGCAUCACCGUCACCAAAGCAGCAGCAACAGCCAGCCCAACCCACCAGUCAAAAUCAACAGUCAAGUCCAGUUGGAAGCAAUUCCAAUUGGAGUGCCUCUAACAAAAAAGCCAAUGAAGAUGGUGAAGCAACAGCGGAUUCUCGGAGUGGUGAUGACUUAGGAUGUGAUCCUUCCAGAAAUACACCAACCCCUACAGGUGUGCAUCCAGCAGUGGCAGCGCUCCGCCCUGCUCCCUCACCUGCUGGCUCUACAGGGUCAAGGUCAAACACUCCUGCCUCUCUGUCAGGUAGUACCCAGGCAGGGAGUCCUAUGCCAACUAGACCGUCUUCUGAUGGACAGAACACGCGCAUGACACAGUCACCAAUGGCUACUCAAGGCUACAACCAGCAGAUGAUGCCACCACCACCGAUGGGUCCCAACCAGAUGAACUUUGGACCAGGAAGUGGUGGUAAGAUGCCUGGGAGUGGCAUGGGAGGUAACUCCGUGGGUGGACACUAUCCUCAGUAUAACUCUCAUUUCUCUCAGCCAGGAAUGUAUCCUGGUAGGCAAGGUGGCAAUAUGCAGGGAAACUCUGUGAUGCAGAACUACCCUCAACAAAACAUGUACAAUGGUCCAAGUCAUGGGAAUGCUCACAUGUAUAACAAUAUGCCUAUGGGCAACAGAAACUAUCCAAUGUACAGUAGUGGACAGAGUAAUAUGAUGAAUGUGAACAAUCAGUAUGGUAAUAAUUUCGGGAACCAUAUGGGUCCAGGAUCAGGUCCUGGUCCCGGCCCAGGCCCUGGCCCAGGUCCAGGUCCCGGUCCUGGACAGAACUCUGGGCCUGGGCCAGCUUCUGGUGCUGGCCCUGGUCCUGCAGGUCCAGGAGGACCUAGCCCAGGGCCAAUCGGUCCCAAUGCUGGUCCUGGUCCCAGCCCUGGACCCAAUGGUCCAAGUAGUGGAGGUCCAAGUCCUGGACUUGGUCUAGGACCUGGAAGUCAUUCAGGGAUGUCUCAAAACAGUGGCAUGUCAGGAUCCAUAGGUCAGCAAGGACAAAAUAUGUCGGCAAGUAGUCCUGGACAACCAGUGGUAGCAACUGUACCUGCAGUUAAAGGUGCGCAGGCUGCUGCUCAAGCGGCCUUGAUUGCAGCAGCAAAUUCUGCGAAAGGACCACAACCGGUGGCAGUACGGCCCACCAUGACAAAUCCACAAAGAAUGUACACUCCACCACAGCAAAUGGGCCAAAUGAAUCAAAUGAACCAUGUAGGAUAUGGGCACAACUUCAACUCUAACAUACCAAACUCAAAUAUGAAUCAGAUGCCCAACUCACAUUCGCCAGUGCCUAAUUCUAGUUCUAUGGGUGGCCAUUUACCAUGUACUUCACCAUCUACAAUGCCCAACGAUAAUAAUAGCAUGUCUGUACCAAUAUCUAGUAGUGUUCCUAAUAGUUCUUUACCAAAUAGUAUAGGCGGCAAUAAUAAUGGUUCCGUGUUGCCAGCAACGACAGUGCAACAAAACAAUUCAUCUGGUAACAUGCCGUCUGAUAAUUCUGUUAUAUCUUCAUCAUUAGUCUCUUCCAUGGAUUCAAGUAUGCCUUCAUCAAAUUUCCCUCCAUCUAGGACACCAAAUAUGCAACAGCAUGACUCCAAUUCAUCUAGCUCAACAUUAUCCAAUACAAGUGUUCCAAUUACUGAAAGUGAACUUCAUUCUAGUGCUCCUGAUUCGACACAAAAUAGUCAACAUGAUACUAAAAAGAAGGGCAAUAGUGACCCCCAGGGGGUGGCACCUGUGUGUAAUACGCCCAAUCAAAGCUCUGAUGUAGAUAGCAACUCUUCUGGAGUGACCAAGUCACAUCUUGAAAACCAGUCAAUUGAGGGAAAGGAUCAGAGACUAAAUUCAAUGCCAUCAGACAGUGUGCCAGUUGGUAUGCCAAUGGAACAAGUGUCCUCGCCAUUCUCAUCCAAACAAGAAAUGCCGAUCACUACUACAGCAACAACAACUAAUUCAGAUAUAAAAACUAUAGUGACCCAGAGCAUCACAAGCCCUGUGACAAGUAUAUCUGAGGCCGGGAACAGCAAUGACAGCCAUCAGGAUCACAUUCCCAUUCCCCCACAACCCAACUGUUUACCCAUACCGCCAAUCCCCACGAUAGAGGAGGCUCCAGUUCCUCCCCCACCAUCCACGGAGAAAAAGAAGAAGGAGGGUGUAUUGUCUCAUCCACCCACUCCCGCCAGUUCGGUGGCACCAUCGCCUGGCGGAGCCAGUAUCUCAUCUUGUCACGACGACUUUGACAAUAUUGCCAGUCCGGCUAGCUCUACAUCUGGCCCGGCGGUGGUUCCCUCAUGGGUCACUAUGACAAAGGGCGGUGGUGAUGUAGCAAAGCUGUAUGAGAUGGGAAGUGAACCAGAGAGGAAAUACUUCUUGGAUCGUCUGUUUGUGUUCCUUGAGGAGCGGUCACAGCCUAUCACAUCAAUGCCCUCCAUCAGCAAGCAGCCCCUUGACCUCUAUAGACUCUACUUAAUCGUCAGAGAUAAAGGCGGUAUGCUUGAGGUCACAAAGACCAAGAAAUGGAAGGAGAUAUGCGGGCUUGUGAACAUUGGCACAUCUGCUAGCGCUGCCUUCACACUAAAGAAAAACUACAUUAAAUACCUCUUUUCAUACGAGUGUCAGUUUGACCGUGGUGGCACUGAUCCAGCACCCAUUCUUGCUCAAAUGGAAGCUCAACUACAGCAAAAACGAGAACAGAAGCACCGCCGGGCUCCAUCACCAGCAGGUUCCCAGGGCUCCCAGGACGCAUUCCGACCUCCAAGCACUCCAAAUAGUAACAGUCAGGGCAUGGAGGGCUUUCCACCCUCCAUGGGGCCCAACUACAUGCAGAACUCUGACCAUGGAAUGGGACCAAUGGGACCAGGCAUGCUGCCCCCUAACAGCAAUAUGAUGGGCAACAUGAUGGGCCCCAACUCCAUGGGCAUGCCUCCAAACCACAUGCCCAACAGCAUGCAGCCAGGCAUGAUGGGAGGAAACAUGGGGCCCAGUGGUAUGAUGGGAGGCUACUCCAACAACAUGAUGCCACCCAUGCAUGGACAUGGACCCAACUCUGGUGGACCUGGGGGUAUGAUGGGUAACAACAUGAUGCCACCCAUGGGUGGCAAUAUGGGAAUGCCGGGCAACAGCAGUAUGCACAGUAACAGUGGAAUGCACAAUAAUACUGGUAUGCCAGGAAAUGGUGGAAUGCCAAAUAAUAUGCCAGGCAAUAGUGGUUUACAUAGUAACAGUGGAAUGCCAGGCAGUGGUGGAAUGCCAGGUAACAGUGGAAUGCCUGGCAACAGUGGAAUGCCUGGCAACAGUGGAAUGCCAGGUAACAGUGGUAUUCCUGGUAACAGUGGUAUGUCUGGAAACAAUAGUGGUAUGCCUGGUAGCAGUGGUAUACCCAGCAAUAGUGGGAUUCCAGGAAACAGUGGGAUACCAGGAAACAACAGUGGCAUGCCUGGUAACAAUGCUAUGCCAGGAAACAGCAACAGGCCACCUGGAAAUGGCAGUAUGUCUGGUAAUAGUGGUAUGCCAGGGAACAAUGGUAUGAUGACAGGUAUACCCACAAAUGCCAACAGUGAUAGUGUUACGUGUCAGGACCCAUUUGCCGAUGAGCCACGCAAUGGACCAUAUCCCCGGCAAGGAGCCACAAAUUCCCCCAUGCCAACUUACUCAGGAAUACCUCCCCAUCAGCCGCCCAGCAGCAGCGCAUCCAACACAUUCAACAGUAGCAGCAGCAACAACAGCAACAUGAAUCGUCCAAAUAUGCCGGGUUUUAACAUGCCUAACCCUGCCAGUAUGAACAGUUUUGAGAGUGUUAGUGGUGGGCACGGUGGGCCUACACCGCUUGACCCCCAAUUUAGUGAACCCUCUUCCUUCAGGCGGACAGAAAGCUUUCCUAACAGUUCUCGGUCAACAGAAUCUAUCAUUAGCAGUCAGUUCAGCAGCACAACUACAAACACAACCUCGGUCUCUUCCAUAGGAAGGCAAUUUCCAUUUGGUGAUCAGUUCACCAAACCUGAAAGGUUCGGUUCUCCCACAGCCCCUUCAGUGCAAUCUUCAUCCCCACAACUUCCUGUCAGCUCGCAGCCUUCAGCAUCUCCUUCAUCCCAGCAUCAACAACCAUCAACAGCCCCUUCCUCUUCUCUGAACAGCCAUCAUCCAUCUGGGCCACCCCAGCUUCCUCCUCAGCCCCCUCAAGUAGACCCCAUGUAUUCAUCUCGCUUCAGUGGCCCACAGCCAAUGAUGUCAUCACAUCCAGGGUCUCAGGGACACAUGGAACAGUAUGGUGGACCUCCAAGUAACUACCCCUCUAACCAGUCACCUCAGUCCGGCUACCCAGGAGGCAAACCUGGCAUGGGUGUUCCAGAAUCCUACCCAGGAUACCCUAACCAACAGGGUCAGUUUCAGGGACCCAGACCACCCAUGGGACGGGAGAUGUCAAUGCCACCUGGUGGCAUGUAUGGUACACCAAACAAGCGAUAUCCACCUCACGAUGGAUAUAUGGGUCAAGGCUAUAGCCCCCAGUCAGGUUACUGUGAUCGGCCUAGCCCAGGCCCCGGUCCUUACCAGCAUCGACAGAGUCGGGACAACAAGAUGUCGCCAUACGAUAACCAAAUGACACCUGAUGGGCUUCGAGACAUGCAAUUUUCACCUAUGGCCAAGCGAUUUCACCAGCAUGCAGGACCAGGCUACCCAGGAGCCCCAGGGAUGGGUCCUGGUGGGCCAAACAUGCCCUACAUGCAUAGCCCCUAUGGGAGUCGCAGUGGCCACCAUAUGUCUCCCCCACGUGAGAAAUCUAUGUACAUGUCUCCAAAGCCGGUUCAGAAGCAGCAUAUGACGGCAUUUCCUCCUAAGAAAGAGGUUACGUUUCCCCCAGACAGUGUUGAAGCAGUCACUCCUUCACUGACAAAACGACGGCGACUGACCAAGGCUGAUGUGGGUCAGAUAGAGGCCUGGCGACUCAUGAUGGCACUGAAGUCAGGUUUACUGGCAGAGAGCACCUGGGCACUUGACACACUAAACAUUCUCUUGUAUGAUGACUCAACUGUGUCCUACUUCAGUCUGAACCAUCUACCGGGGCUGCUUGAAGUGCUACUGGAACAUUUCAGACGUUGCCUUAUUGAAAUGUUUGGGGAGCCUUUUGUUGCUAUGGAGAAACAGACAAUGGCUACGCCGUUGGAGAAACUUGACACAUCGGCCUCUCCUAAAAUUGAAGAUGUUAAGGAGGAAAUGGAACAAGAAGAAGAAGAAGAAGAGGAAGUGGAACAGGUGGAGAAGGUUGAAGAAGAAAAGGAGGAGAAAGAGAAAGUUGCUGAUUCGAUAGACAAUUCGGGUAAUGGUGCUAAGUACAGUGACAAAAAGUUGACAGAUUUCACCUUGACAACGAGGAAUGGACUAAAUGUUAAAAUCGUAGAUACAGAUGAAUUAGCACCAUCAGAUCCAAAAUCUUGGGACGUAUAUUCAGGUUUCUCCUUCCAACAAGGUCAUUGGCAACUUGGGUGUGGAGAUACAUCUCGUCACAUUGUUCCAUUCUUUGCUAGUGAAAAAGAAAACAUAGUGUACAAAAAACUCUUCAUUCGACCACCAAUGAAGUUGAAGGAUAUUAGUGAAUUACAUUUUAAGGAAGAGGAAGAAUGUGAAAGUUCAGCAGAGGAUAUGGAGGAGGGGGAUGUGGAAGGUGAGGAAAAAGAGAAUCGUUGUCUUUGUCCAUCUCAGGACUGUAGUGGAAAGGGCAAAGAGUUUGAGGAUGCGGUUGUGGUUAAGGAGACUAUAGAGGAGGGGAAAAUCUCCAUUAAGAAUGUUAAUAAAACUGAGGUGCUGAAUUGUUCAACGGACACAAAAAAGUUAGGCAAAGAAAACAAGCAAGAAAAGAAAAAUAACAUUCUUAAACAUGUACAGAUCAAAAAGGAAGUUUGUGACACAGAUGAGAAAGUUGUUGAGUCGUCAGAGCCUCCAGCUGGUAUGGAGGUGGAUGUGAAAAAGGAGGAGAGCCCGGAGAGAACAUCAGAGGAAGGACAGGAAUCGAGCAAAGAUGGUGAGAAAGAAGAGUUGGAAGAGAAUAAGAUCAACAUAAAAACAGAGAUGGUGGGAGACUCGAAUGUGUGUGUUAAAUCUGAAAGUGAUGUAGACAGUCUUUCAGGCCAAUGUUGUGGCAAAAGAUCUCAUGAGGAGGUGGAACUUGAGGAUGAAUCUUAUCAGCGUGAUGAGCCACCUCUCAAUGUAAUUACAGACGCUCGAGAUGAACUCGGCAGACGUUGUAUUUGUAUAUCAAACAUAUUCCGUAGCUUAUCGUGUGUACCAGGCAACGAUGCCAAAAUGUCAAAACAUGCAGGUUUGUUAUUCACGCUUGGUAAGCUGCUACAACUACAUCACCGUCAUCUACCUCGCAACACGACUCGCAAAAAAUUUGACCGGGACGAGAGCGAGCUGGAGGAUUUAAUGGACUCCAGUCACAUUGAGGCAGAGUGGUGGUGGAACUACCUCGCUAUGUUACGGGAGAACACAUUAGUGAUAUUUGCCAACAUCAGUGGACAGCUACGCCUGUCAGCCUACCCUGAGGAGAUCUGUAUGCCCAUCUUGGACGGUCUGCUUCAUUGGGCAGUUUGUCCAUCAUCAUGUGCGACAGACCCCCUCCCUUCCACACCUUCAUCCGUCCUGUCCCCUCAGCGGCUGGUCCUUGAGGCCAUGUGUAAACUCUGUAUACAUGCUGCUAAUGUUGACCUGCUCUUGGCGACCCCACCGUUUAGUCGUAUCAUUCAGCUUUUCAGCAUCCUUACAAAGAUGUUGGCUAAUCGCAGUGAGCCUGUGACUCUCGAGUUUGCCAUUGUGUUGUUAUCAGAACUAGUUCAGGGGGAAGAUAGUGCGGUUAGGGCAAUAGCAUUGCAGCACCCCACCAUCUCCUUACUGCUUGACUUUUUAGAAACAGCAGAACAGAAAGCCAUGCAAGUGGUCAAUCUACAUGGUAUAAACAUCCUGCGGGAGAACCCUGAAAUGAUGGGCACUAGUUUGGACAUGCUUCGUCGUGCAGCAAACAUUCUGCUUCAUCUAUCAUACAACACGCAAAAUAGACGCUUAUUUGGGCAUCAUCAGCAGAGGCUACUGUCCUUAGUUAUGUCUCAGAUUCUCGACCAGGUCGUGGCUCAAAUUCUCUCGGAUGUCAUGUUCCAGUGCUUUCAAAGCGACUCCUAGUACUUUUUACAUAUAGUUGUUAUCUACGCUAUUAUCAUUAUUACAAUACUUCUUCAAAAAAGGUGAAAAGUUGCAUUGUUAUUGGAAAAGAAUAUUAAAGCCCAAGUUUUUCAUACAUCGCGUAUGUGUAUAGUAAAUAAUAUAUUAUUACAUCCUCAUUGUAUAUGUAUCAUUAUUGAAGUUUGUUGUUGUGGCAACAUCAUUCCCUUGUGUGCACAUUAAAGUUGUACAGUGUAUAUGUUUAUCAUCGCCCAAAGUUUGUAAAAUAAAUGAAGGAAAUGUAAUGUGCAAGUUACUAGUGUAUAUUAUGACAAGAAACUCCCGGAGUUUUUCAGGAGGAAUAAUGUGUUGGUAUAUUGUAAUAUACAGUGAUACUGCCAGUGAUUUUCGCAGUCAAUUCCCACUUUUCUUAGUUUUGUGUGAGCCAUUUCUUCUGUCAAAUGUUGUGUAAUGUAUGUGGCCACAGAGAAAAUAUAUAUCCCAUAGUACACAUAACAGUCAAUUCAGCAUUUUUAUUUUUCUACAUUGGCUCAUGAUGAAUACUUACUCUCAUUUUUUUUUUUUUUCCUAAAGAAAAAGAAUUAAAAUCCUUCUGAUUUGUUACAUUGUAACAUGGAGAAUAUAUAAAAAAUGAAUUUAUUGUGAAGAGAAAUUCAAGAGUGCAUAAAACAUGGUUGAUAGAAUUUGCUAUUGGAGAAUGUAUAUUUCAAGAUGUGUGAAGUUGUAAGUCGGCUUCCCAGGCAGGUGGAAGGGAGCGAGAGCUGUAAAAAUGAUAGGCGUUUGCAUGCAGUCUUUCUGAUCCAUUUCAAAGUUGUUCAAAUGGAUUUCAAAAUAUUAAGUUAUCAUUUACAUAUUUAUAUGAUAACCAUUAUAUUUUUAUUAUUUACUUACCCUACAAUUUCAAUUUCUCCCUUUUUUAUGACUUGUGUUUUUCGAUAGGAAGAGACAGUAUUUAUAUGAUAAAUGUUAAUUCAUAGAACUGUUGUGUAUGUUCAUCAAUUCAUCAUUUAUCACUUUCAAAAGUUGUAUGUAGAGAUGAAAACUGCACUGCUAAUGUAAUGUUGAUAAUAUAUCUACGUAUAUGGAUCACUGACAAAAUGUGUGUAGAUUUUCGUUUUGUAGUAAAAUAUUUCAUCAUUCGUUUUUUCAUCCUGUAUUUCUGAUGAUCAUCUUUGUGCAGCAGCUUUAUACUGUAUGUCAACAAGAUUCAACUAAAUAAAUGUAAAUAUUUUAA